AUGGAAAAUGCGUUUGCACCGAUUAGUGAGGCGUGCGUAAAAGCCCUCAGCGACAAAACAUAUGAGAAACGAAAAGUGGCAGCGCUGGAGAUCGAAAAGAUGGUUACCGAUUUCAAGCUGAAAAAGAACAUGACACAGAUCAAGCGCAUCAUCGAUGUACUGAGCAGGGAUUUUGUGCGAUCGAAUGACUCGAACAAGAAGAAAGGUGGCCUGAUAGCGUUGGCCGCGACCAGUAUCGCGCUUGGAAAGGACACGGAAAAGUUCAUCGAGGAUAUCGUCAAUCCGAUCAUGAACUGUCUGAUCGAUAACGACAAUCGGGUACGCUUUUUCGCCAGCGAAUCACUGUACAAUGUGGUAAAGGUUGCCCGCGGAGCCGUGCUGCCCUUCUUUCCGAGCGUGUUCAAUGCCCUCAGCCGGCUUGUAACGGAUCCGGACCAGAGCAUCAAGAACGGAAGCGAAAUUCUUGACCGACUUCUGAAAGACAUCGUGAUUGAAUCGUCCCAAACAUUUGACCUGGAUGCGUUCAUUCCGCUCGUACGGGAGCGCAUCAUGGUGAAGAGCUCGUUCGCCCGGCAGUUUAUUAUAUCGUGGAUAUCGGUGCUGAAUGCGGUGCCGGAGAUAAAUAUGGUAAUGUUUCUACCCGAAAUAUUGCACGGCCUGUUUCAGAUUCUUGAGGACCCGCUGCCGGAAAUUCAGCGUAUGUGCGAAUCAUUGCUGGCACAGUUUCUGAAAAUAAUCAAGCUAGAUCCGACAGCCGCGGACAUACCGAAGAUGACGAACGUGCUGAUUGUACAGGCUCAGUCCAGCAAUCCGCUCAUCCAGUUCUAUGCCAUCUCGUGGAUCAAGGAGUUUGUGCAGCUGUCCGGUGGUGAGAUAUUAAGCUUCUCGAGCGGUAUAUUCACCGCGAUUCUGCCAUGUCUGGCGUUCGAGAGCGAUGCGAAGAAGAACAUUAAGGAUUGUGCCAACGCGGUAAACCUGAACCUGCUUGAGCUUAUUUCGAACGGCGAGGACAAGCAGAAGAAUCUCAGCUAUCUCGAUCUGAACUCGGUGAUGGAGGUGUUGCGCCAGUAUCUCGUCCACAGUCCCGUCCCGACGAAAAUUGCCGUGCUGAAGUGGGUGCACCAUCUGUUUACCGAGGUGCACGACGAAAUGUCGGAACACGCGAACAAACUGUUCCCGGUGCUGUUGCGUGACUGUCUCUCAGAUAGUUCGGAUGAGGUGGUAUUGCAGGCGAUCGUUGUGCUGGCGGAAAUUGUUAACUCCGCCACGGUUAAGGGGAAUGACUUUGAUCAAACCCAGUACCGGCAGUUUCUGGUGGAGCUGUUAAAUCUGUUCAGCGAAAACAAUACUUUCCUCGAGAAGCGUGGCACCUUGAUAAUACGGCAGCUGUGCCGGUUGUUGAACGCGGAAUACAUCUACCGAACGUUUGCCGAAAUUUUGCUAGAAGAGCGAAUCAAUCUCAAAAUUGCCUCGACUAUGGUUCGUACGCUGAACAUGAUACUGCUCACGACUUCCGAUCUUUUUGAUCUGCGCAACAUGCUACACGAUAUACGAAAUGAGAAGUCUGCCUCAUUAUUUGAGUGCCUUUAUAGAUGUUGGGCUCACUGUCCUGUGUCGACACUGUCACUCUGUCUGCUGGCACAGUGCUAUCAACACGUAUCGGAAAUCGUUACAUUAUUCGCUGAUAUUGAAAUAACCGUAGACUUUCUCGUAGAAAUCGAUAAGAUGGUGCAGCUUAUCGAAUCGCCGAUAUUUGCCUCAUUACGACUAGCCCUUAUUUCCCACUCGAACGAUAAUGCGGACGCUCAACAUUUGUCUCGUGCGCUGUACGGCAUCUUGAUGCUUCUGCCCCAAACUGAAGCGUUUCAUCUAUUGAACAAUCGCUUGAAGUGUGUGCCUAACUAUUGGAGUCAACCGAACAAGAUCAGCUCUAAAUCAACGAACGAAAGCCAAUGCAACAUCAAAUUUGACGAACUGUUCAUCUACUUCAAACACAUACAAGAUCUGCACCAUCAAAAGCGCGUCGAGAAGCGAAAGAAAAAUCAAUUCUAA